CGCCCACUCUUUUCAAACGCCAUGUUUACUGCGCACCUCCAUCACAACCAAUAGGCAGAAGCGUUAACGUAUGAUGCAACUGAGUGAACCCAAACAUGACUGAAGUAAAGGAUACUGUUAACACAGAGGAUAUUCCUCCUGUGGAUGAAAACAGCAAAGCAGACGAAGAGAACGAUGAAAUGUGCGAUGUGGAGCAGGAUGGAUCAGCAAAAACUGAACCCAAAGGCAAAAUAAGUGAAAUCAUUGAAGGAAAACGAGAGAAGAAAGAGAUCCAGAGACUUAAUAUGCAAAUAAGUAAACCAAAAGAAAAGCAGAAGAUUGAGAGCACAGGAAAAGGCGUCAAACUCGGAGACAUUGCACGGAUUAAUCACUCCAUCGGAAGGCUUAAAGCCCCUCUGCUCAAACCAUUGCAUAAGAUUGUAUAUGAUCGACCAGGAGCUGCAUCAUCGUUGCGGAAAAAUCUUCGGCUGUUUAAUGGUUUCACUUUUGAGGUUGACAGUGACCCUUACAACAAGAAGUUUUCAAAGGUGACAAGGCUUCCCAAAUCACAGCUCGCAAUCAUGUGUAAGACUCUUGAUCUGGAGAGGUCUGGAAAGCAAAGUGUUCUUGCUGAGAGGAUCAUGACGUUUCUUGUAUGUCCAACUGACUCGGGAAAGCCUGUUUUAAAGAAGAAGAAAAGAAAGACAACCAAAGAUGUCAAAGGUGAAAAGUCUUCAUCCAAAAGUAAAAAACCACAGAAGAAAGUAGAAAGUGGAAAGUCUAGAGCCAUCGUCACUGAUUCCAGCAGUGAAGAUGAUGACGACGACGAAGAGGAGAAAAAAGAGAAGUCAACAACAGCAAGUCAGAAGCGAAACGAUAGCCAAAGUCAAUCUUCCGAUAAAAGGGAAGAUGAUGAUGAGGAUGAAGAUGGUGAAGAGGAGCAUGAAGCUCCUGAGGAGGACAGUGAGGAGGAGGAACCUGUUUUAAAGAAGAAAAGAAAGGCAACCAAAGAUGUCAAAGGUGAAAAGUCUUCCAAAAGUAAAAAACCACAAAAGAAAGUAGCAAGUGGGAAGUCUAGAGCCAUCGUCACCGAUUCCAGCAGUGAAGAUGAUGAUGACGACGAAGAUGAGAAGACAGAUGAUGAUGGUGGUGUGGAGAAGCAUAAAGCUCCUGAGGAGGACAGUGGGGAAGAGGAAAAAUCUCCUCGUAAGAAGAAAUCUCCUGCCAAGAAGGCAACAAAGAAGUCUGAGUUAACAACAGAUGACAGUGACCAAGGCAGCCAGGAAGACAAGACUGUCAAAAAGACAACAAAGAAGCCUGCAGCAAAAAGAAAAGCUCCGGUGAAGCCCAUCCCCAAAACCAAGAAAGCUGACAGCAGUAGCAACAGAAGAAAAAAGACAGCAAGCAAGAGCAAAUGUGAUGAAAGUGACAGUUCUGAUGAUGAUCAGCCAUUGAUCAAGAUGAUUAAAAAGCCACCAACCAAUGACCAGUUGAAGGCCUCUAUCCAGGAUCUGCUCAAAGAUGCAAACUUAGAAGAAGUCACAAUGAAGCAACUUUGCCAACAAGUUUAUGACAAAUACCCUGACUUUGAUCUGACCAGCAGAAAGGGCUUUAUCAAGGACACUGUUAAAAGUGCACUAUCCUGAAGUGAAGAAAGUAAAUUAUUUUUUAAUAAGUCAAGGGGUGAAGAUUGUGCAUCAAAACUCUAUUUUCAUGACACCUUCUACUUGGUUUUCCAUCAGAUUCAGCUUUUUUUGCAUUUUAUAGUAUUGUUGUGUUGAAUUUAGACAAUUGAUUAUGAAUAUUGGGGAUUUUAUUUUUUAUUUAUCAGGCAACUAAAUUUUAUGACUUUUUUCAUGUAUUAAAAUUGCUGUAAGCAGCGUUAGCUGUUUUUGCCACUACUACAGCAUCUUUAAAAGUUUUUCAUAGGCCCCAUGUUGUAUUUUGUCAGUCUUUUGUAAAGUUAGUCAAAAUUUUACAUCUUAAUUGUGUUCACAGCGCUCGCUGUGUAUUUCUGUUAUUACAGCAUUAUCAAGGUAUUGAAUACAAUAUUUAGAGUCUGCUAGGUAUCCGGUAUCUCUUGUUCGGUUGGGUUAUCAACACUGGUUUACGUUUUCUGAGGUCCUGAAUGUAUGAAAGCCACACAUUUAGAAACAUUGUUUUUUAUGUGUCGUGUAGAUCUCAGUAAAGUUCAUCUUUUAACAUUU